CUCUGUCUUCUCUACCCCGGGAGCAGCUCUCCUGCCUUGGCCCCUCACCCCCAAAAAUGUAUGCCUGCUCCAAGUUCAUCUCCACCCGCUCCUUGAUCAGUAGCACCUCUCAGCUGCUGAGUCGUCCCCUGUCUGCAGUGGAGUUGAAUCGACCACAGACAUGGACGGAUGAGGGCCUCAGCAGCUUGGCAGCCCCUCGGCCUCCAACCUCACUCAUCCCUAGCCGCGCCUUCCAAACCAGCGUCAUUUCCAGAGACAUCGACACAGCCGCCAAGUUCAUUGGGGCUGGGGCUGCUACAGUUGGGGGGGCUGGCUCUGGGGCUGGGAUUGGGACUGUUUUGGGGAGCCUCAUCAUUGGUUAUGCCAGGAACCCUUCUCUGAAGCAACAGCUCUUCUCUUAGGCGAUUCUGGGCUUU